AUGAUAUCAGAGGAAAGUUUCGCUUUGUUUUCGCCAAUGAAGGACUCCAAUGAUGAAUAUGAUGAUACUGAGAUCGCGGAGAAAUCCCCCAACGGCCGUUACAUAAGGUACAAUGAAGUCUUGGAUAGAGAAUUUGGAGCAACAAGCAAGAUAGCAUAUAAAGGAUUUGAUGUUGGUGACGGAAUGGAAGUCACUUGGAACAAACUCCGUGUUAAUGAUUUGUCGAAAGCCGCGGAAUAUGUGGAGGAAAGAUUGAACACGUUGUUGAAGCCAUUGAGGCACAAGAACAUCAUUAAGUCCUAUAGCACGUGGGUGGACCAUGAGACCGGAAGUAUCAACGUGAUCACGGAGUCGUUCACUUCGGGGAAUUUGAGGGAAUUCAGAAAGAAGCAUAGAAGCGUUGAUGUUGUGGCAAUCAAGAACUGGGCUAGGCAGAUUCUUCAGGGCUUGUGCUAUCUACAUACUCAUGAUCCUCCUAUUAUCCAUGGAGAUUUGACGUGCGGAAACAUUUUCGUCAAUGGGAAUACCGGAGAAGUCAAAAUCGGAGGCUUAGGAUUGAAAGAGGAAGAAAAUAACCCAAGUGUUGAUUUCUAUGCUUUUGGGAUUUGCAUGUUGGAGUUGGUCAGCAGUGCUUCUGAAUGUCUGAAAAUUGAAGGGCAUCAGGGUAAUAACGUUGAUACUAGGAUUUUGCUUGAGAAAGUGAAGGACAUACAAGUGAGGCAAUUCAUAGAGAAGUGUCUUGUUCCAGCAUCAUAUAUAAUGGGGUCAUCAUCGGUGGAGGAACUCUUGAAACAUCCAUUCCUUGAAAAAAACAGAACCAGUCUUGCUAUGGACAUGGUCAAGGAAGCUGAUUGCCAUCCGGUUUCAGUUAUGGAAUUCAAGGCGUUGAACGAGAGAAACGAAUUCAGAUUGACAGGAGAAAGAAGAGAUGGAAACUCAGCUUCAUUGGUGUUACGCAUUGCUGACUUGUGUGGUCGAGGAAGGGUGACAAAUAUAGAGUUUGAGUUUUGUGUGGAUACAGAUACCACAAUAUCAGUAGCUGGUGAGAUGGUUCAAGAACUUGGUCUACCGAUGGAAGAUGUGACUCUGAUUGUGGAGCUGAUGGACAACCUGAUCAUCAAACUGGUGCCCUGUUGGAUGCCUUCGUUCGGAAGAUGUAAUGGUGUAAAACGCUCAUAUGUGGAUCCAAUUUUUGGUUUCUGA